CCAGGAAAAAAAAAAAAGAAAUGUUACAAGAUUUUGUUUGUACCCCGUUUAGCGGAUAGUAUCAGCUCGUCAGCGCUGCCGUUUUUUUUUUAGAUCUUGAAUCAUCGUUUCGCUUUUUGUUUUUUGUUUUUUGAAAGAAGAUGCCGAAACGAGAAAGAGAAGGAAAAGUGAGGCAGAUUAUGUCGUGGAUACACAGUUUGACAGAACAAGACGCGUUGUAGGGAAACCAACAGCGAAAAGGUCGAUAUAGUGCAAAAAAAAAAAAAAAAAAAUCGAAUUAAUUUAUAAUCAUUUUUUUCCAAAUUCGGGAGCAAGAAGUAGCCUCGCUUUGAUUGCAUCAAUUUCAAUAUGAGCUAAUCUAUAUCUGAAUCAGGCAAGUAAAAGUUUUCUAUGUAUUUUUUUUUAAUGAAAUGACAUCUUCAUAUCUUGCUUACAGCGAUCUGCUUCAGGCUAUGCAUUGAAAACCAAAGGCGAUUUAUAAGCUGCGCUGAUUAAACACGCAGCUCAGUGCAAGGUGAUUGUAUUCACAUUACCGUAAUUAUCAGAAAAAGAAAAAGAAAAAACCACGACGAGGGUUGAACUUUGCGCAGAGAGGGGGGGUUUCCUGUUUCAUUUGCUUGAGCUUGUGUUUAUCAAGGACAGUAGCAAAGGGUCUGUUUCCAAACUCUAGGAGAGCUAGGAUAUAUGAAGAUCGCGACACAGUUACUGGUUUUCCCUCGCAGAAAUGCCAGUGCGUGCUGUGACCACCAGGUUCAUGUACAAGGGACUUUGCACUAUUCCAGAUGUCCUCACCUACCGGACCCCUGUUAUCCUGCCUGAAGAUGAGGUGGAAGAAAUUCGUGAGGCUUUCAAAGUAUUUGACCGAGAUGGGAAUGGCUUCAUCUCAAAGCAGGAGUUGGGCAUGGCCAUGCGCUCUCUGGGUUACAUGCCCAAUGAGGUGGAGCUGGAGGUUAUCAUCCAAAGACUCGACAUAGAUGGUGAUGGUCAGGUGGGAUUUGAUGAAUUUGUCACAUUGCUCGGUCCUAAACUCUCUGCCGCUGGAAUGCCUGAUAAGUUUCAUGGAGCAGACUUUGAUUCAGUGUUUUGGAAGUGUGACAUGCAGAAACUGACUGUGGAUGAGCUUAAGAGACUGCUUUACGACACUUUCCGUGACCACCUCACCAUGAAAGACAUUGAGAACAUCAUCAUGACUGAGGAGAACCACCUGAACAGUCCGGAGUCCCACGUGGACAUUGACACAAGCCCAACACAACAGGAAAAACACACGUGUGUGCGUAAAAGCCUGAUUUGUGCCUUCGCCAUUGCAUUUAUCAUCAGCGUUAUGCUCAUUGCAGCAAAUCAAAUGCUCCGCCGAGGAAUGAAGUAAACACUACACCAGCGGGUUACAAAGAGGCAUAAGAAUGGACAAUGAAAAAUCCUAUAUUAACCAAAAUACCUGACAGUUGUUUUGUUUUUUUGGUUCAAUGUAUUCACCACCCAAAACGAUGGGCACCCACAGCUUCUCUCUAUAAUGGACAAAAUGAUGUCACGCAGUGGUUUUAUAUGACCACAAAUCCUAGCAUACCGUAGUAAAAAGAAAGAGACAUUUCAAGGGCUGAUUAGUAUCCUAAAAGAGUAAGUCAUUGGUUCAAAUUUCAGAUAUUUUCUAACAAAUUAGAUAGGAAAGCAGACUGUAGAAGUGUGUGCUGUAGUAAUAGCUCUGCUGUGUCUGUGUAUAUCAAAACAAUUAAUGUUGAUGAGAACUCUGCCAUUUGGAAUGCACCCAAUAAUGAUAUUACUGAUGGUAGUAAUAAAGCAAUACAAACAUGUUGAUGUGCUGCAUAUUAAGCAGCUUUAAAUCACUUAAGAAAAACAUAAGGAUAAAUGACUGGGUACCGCAUAAUGUGUCUCUUUUAAGUCUCUGUUUGUUUCAGUGCCAAGGUUUUCAGUCCAGGAGUCCAACUCAUAUCCAGUCUAACAUACUUUGCUGAAUCAGCACCAUCUGUGAUCUAAAUCUUAACAAAAUAGUAGGCCCGCCAAUUUGAAACACACAUCUGAUAUUCAAAGUGUUUUGACAACUUUUUCUUGAGUUCUGGCUCCAGGGAUGGCCCGAAUUUCUCAAAAACUGUUUUGGAUUGUCAUGAAAUUUUGAACAGACUUUUAUUAUUCCCAGGGAAUUCAUGUUCUACUGACUUUCGUGAUCCCCUGACUUUUCCUGUAAUGCCAGGUGAAGUUUUCCCUUAUCCUGUAAAAUAUCUCAACAUCUACUGGAUGCAUUGGCACACAAUUUGGUGCAGACAUUUAUGGUUCCCUUAGGAUGUUUACCAGUGAAUUUGGUAACCAGCUGAUUUUUCCUCUACUGUCACCUUGAGGUUGACCUUAGUGAAAUUCCACAAAUGUGAGUGAUGAAUAUGGUGAACAUGGUUAACAUUAUACCAAUCAAACAGCAGCAUGUUAGUAUUGGCAUUUUGAGCAUCAUGUCAUAAAAGCCUCACAGCUGUAGACUCUUGGUCAUAAAAAUAUGCCAAUAUGGUGAGGUGCUCUGCUUUGUUACUUUUAUUAGAUAAUACAAACAUUAAGUGUUUAAUGUUCUGUAGAGAAUGGUUUUAUUGUCCAACUAGCUUACCUUAAAGGAAUACUUCACCUGAAAAAUGACCAUUUCUAUAUGAAUUACUCAUUCAGUGUUACCAUGAAAACAUUUUUUGGGUGCCUCAACUGUGAACAAAUUAUUCAACAGUGGCAGAAAUUCUUAAUGAAUUGAAGUAAAUGGGUGCCACAUUUAGCAACAGUAAACUAUAUCAAAGCAUUAGUUCCCAAACUCUCACACAAGUCCGUCUAAGUCUAAUUUAUCCAGUCAUAAGCUGUUUUUUGACAGUAGUGAGCAAAGAUCUUCUUAUUUAAAACACUUCUGUGGAUGAGCAGCACGCUUGUGCAAUUGUGAGAUGGUUUGUGAAUUUUAUGUAUUUUGAAUAGUAAGAUUAUAGUAUGAUUUUAUGUAUGCAUGGUUUUUGGCAAGUACUAUGCAUACAACCGCAUAAAUGAGACUUGGAUUAUACUGAACAAGUUGUGUUAGCAUUAGUAAAAUUAUAUUUUGAAAUAGUUUUGCUCUUAAACGAGGCCAAUAUUUACUUUUACUCAUCAAGGGUUUUCUAAAUGUUUAAAUACUUUGUUUAACAUGGUGGCAUGCUUGGGGAAAGAAAGGUUUUCUUUAAGAAUUGAAAGUAACGGAGUAAUUUAUUUAAAAAUGGGUAAUUUUGAGGGUGCAAUAUUGCUUUAAUCUAAAGUAAAGGCCAAAGUUUCCACCAUCACAAUGAGAAGCACAGGAAUACACUGGACAGCACUGCUGGAAAGAAUAACAGAAAAGAGAGUAGUUCAAUGACAUGACGUAGCAGUCUGUGAUCCUCAGCCUCACGCUGUAAACUCCAGUCAGCUGAUCUGACGGGCCAUUUUUAAAGAUGUCACGAUUUUCUAAGAAUUAAUUGGUUUUGUUUUAAAGCUCAGACUGAGCCUUUUUGAUUGAGCACUUGGAGAUUGAUUUGUAAAUCAAACAACUGCUUUCCCAGCUAUAAAAGUAGAUUUAAGAAUUAAACUGAAAUGAACAGUAAAGUCCAAAUAAAAGGCAGAAAACAGAAGGAACUGACAAAAUUCCCCUGAGAAACAUCAGUCAAGAGUGUGUGCAUGGGGUAUUUAUGCAAAAAUCCCAGACUUCAAGACGAAUGACGAUCAUACAACUUGUAAAACAUGUGUUUCAUACUCACAGUCUGCCAGUGAUACGUGCACAAUGAUGCAUAAUUCAAAGUUGUGCAUCAAUGAGUCAUAAUGAAUCAAAGUGAAAUACAUCUGGUUGGCUGUAUGACCUGAGCUACCAGCUGCGAAUAAAGUCAACAAGUUUAGAGCUUAGACAAAAUUAUCUGUAAUAUUUAUAGCAAAUGGGAAGGAGGAUAUUCAGUUCACAUGACACACUUGCAUGUACAUUAAACUAGAAUUAUAUGUGUGUUCUAUGUGUGAGAUCACAUUUUGAACUCUGGUGUAUGUAUUCAAAUAAUUAUGCAAUUUGUAUAGUAAUCAUUGCAAAAAAAAAAAAUCUCAGUAUUUGACAUUUUCCUGUAAAUGUCAUAUUUUUGUGGACGUGCAGACAAUAUCAAAACACUAAAUACUUUAAAGUAUGCUGUGAACAAUAAUUUAACAUAUCAUAAAAAGUGUUGUUUUCUGGCUUUUACAUGGACCACCAAAACAACAUAUUGUUUAAAGUAUAACAUGGUUAUAUUUUCUUACUUGGAAAAGUGAUACAUUAAAUCUAUGUGAUUUUAUUAUGAAUGUAAGCAUAACGUUUUGUAUAAAAACAAACAAUACAAAAAAAUUUACAAAAAAAAAAUCAGGUUUCUGAUAUAAUUUCCAGGUUGACUGGACGUCAGAUACAAUUUCCUGUGUGUAUUAAGACCAUGCACUUACAUCAACUUUUCUGAUUUGUUAAGAUUCAUUUUUCAGAAUGUUUUCUUUAACAAAUAUUUGUCAAAUUUGACAAAGUCUUACAAAAUGCUAUAUAUUUUUUCUUGCUCUUUUUAUCUUAAAGUUUAUCAAAGCUAUAUCACGGGAGGGAUACGUAUAUGAAACAGCGUGUAUCAUUCUGGCAAUAAAACAGAUAUUUUAUCUCAUAUAUAGUAGCUGUUUAUGUAUGAACUACUUAUAUGACAUCUCAUUACCUCUUCAUGUGAGCAUAUCAUGUAAGGUAUGGGUUUUGUGUGAAUGUAAAAUAUAGUUAUUGUGUCAAAUCUUGUCUCAAGACAUAUAAGCAAUUAUUGUGUCCUAUUCUGUAUGUUACAGUGCUUUAUUGAGCAUUUUAUGUACACUCUGUUGACUGAUUGUCUUAAUUAUUGUUAUUAAUUUGAUUUAGACUGUAGUUGUGUUCUGUUCCGUGCCUUUGUCUUCUGCUCCCAUGCCUUGACUUAGAGUAACUUUAGAAAGAAAGGAAAUCAAUUUUACAAAAAUUGUCACUUUUGACAAAAAUGAAUCUGAUACUAAAUGUAUUUUUGAAUUGAAGCGACUCAUCAGUAACUCAAGUACCAAUAAGUGUCCAUGUAUUCUCUUUCUCUCUCCCCUGUUCUUGGUAACCUUUCUAGUUAAUAUUUGUAUCAUCCUGCUGUGUGACAUUACUAGAAAUUAUAAUGUCUAGAUUGAGAAUAGCCAGCGCUGUUUUUUUUCUGUAACUGUUACUGCACAUGUAGAGGUUACUGCAUCAAUUAUACACUAAUGUAAGUGGUGUUUAGAUGCAUGUAGUCCAAUAAAAACCUAUGGCAUUAAAAAGGA